UCAUUUUCUAUAUUUUUCAAGUGUUUAUUCAUGUAGACUUACAUCGACUAACUGUCACCUGCUACCUAUCUUCCUACUUUAGAGUUUAGUCUUUAGAAUGAAAAAUCCACCGCGCCCACUCGCCGACUCGAUGCCAGUGCCACUGGCACUUUUGAUAGCCUUGGCAUUUGCUGCAUCAGUCGGUCUCACACUGGUUGUACUGGCAUGUGCUCUCAAACCGUUUGGCGUGUGGUGGCCGCUGUUUGUGCUGUUCUUCUUUGUGAUAGCACCCAUCCCAAUGGUGAUUGCACGGCGGUACGUCGAUGAGAUGGCGGUCAGUAGUGUACUCAUCGAGGUCGCGAUGUUCUUGACCACAGGCAUUGUGAUCUCUGCAUUUGCAUUACCCAUCAUCAUGGCACGAUCUCCGAAGGACAACCCCGUUAUCAAGUGGGGAGCCUGUGGUCUGAUAUCGGCUGGAAACGUCGUCGUUUUCGUCACAAUUCUCAGCUACUUCAUCGUAUUCAAUAACGAGGACAUUGACUACAGCAUGUGGUAGCAGAGAGCGUGGCGCGAGCGAGAAACACUGUUCACACGGUCGCGCUAUGCACUACGGCUUGAGGCUCGCCGUCCACGUGUGUUGUGCUGUGCUUUGAAAAGAUUGCUUCACGGAUUGAGGGGCGGAGAGUGCAUCGCUGCUGACUGGCGGGAAAUCCAGCUAAAGUCGUGAGGGCCGUGGCAUUGUGAUUGGCGAAACUAGUCCAGAAUACCGCAAUUGCAAAGUCGCAGCUGAAAUGUCACUCACAAGACACAUUACUGCGCUCGUCGCCUCACUGCCACCUCACUCACUUCACUGCCACCUCUAACGCAACAGUGACAUUGCGUGCAACCUGACCCCUAACCAGUGGUCUGCAGAACUCGCACACUUCAUUUUCUACACGCUACGAAUUAACGUGGCGUUAGCGAUCACUGAGUGACGUGCACACCAGCAGAGACCCUAAGACUCGCUCACCUGCGCAAGCUGUGCAGGUGUUUAAUAGAUGGCGCUGGAGGCAUCGCAGAUUGUCUCGUGCGGGGAAUCGCUGCUACGCUGCAGCGUACACGAGGGCAGACUGAUGGUCACGCGCAGCAGGUUCGAGCGCGCUACUGCCGAGUUCGUCGUGAAACAGACGUGCUGGUUCCCCGAUGGCGAGGCGGCGCCCGAUAGAGGGCGCCCGUGUCGGCUGUCGCUGCUCGACUGCGGCGCGUUCGCGGAGGUGGCGUACGUCGUCGUGGCGCGAGGUGGCGCCCCCUGUG